GCUGCAACCUCCGAUCGAAAGAAACCGGCCAGGCUGCAACCUACUUCCGUGGUGGAUGGAGCUGUUGAGUACGUUGGUAGAGACAACGAGAAACGAGAAAUGCUUGAUUUGCUAAAAACUAAUAAAACCGAUGGAGUUUGUGUCCUUUCCAUUGUUGGCAUGGGAGGGAUGGGAAACAACUCUUGCUCAGUUUGUCUACAAUGAUGACAGCAUCGAGAAGUCUUUUGAUCACAGGGCCUGGGUAUGUGUUUCCGAUGACUUUGAUGCUGUUAAAAUAACCAAAACUAUUUUACAAUCCAUAGAUCCUUUCUCACCUGAUGUGAAUGACUUGAAUUUACUUCAAGUCAAGUUGAAGGAGAAGUUAUCUGGAAAAAAUGUCUUAAUUGUUUUGGAUGACCUUUGGAACGAGAGUUACGUAGAUUGGACCAUCUUACGGUCUCCCUUCGGAGCAACAACCAAGAUCAUUGUAACUACUCGCCUUCGAAUGUUUCAUCAACUGUGGAUCCAAUGAAAGCUUUUCACUUGGAUAAACUAUCAGAUGAGGACUGUUUGUCCAUAUUUUGUCAGCAUGCAUUAAGAGCAAGAAAUUUCGAUGGACAUUUUCAAUUUAAACAAGUUGGAGAUAACAUAGUGAGAAGGUGUAACGGCUUACCUUUAGCAGCCAAAGCCAUGGGAGGCUUGUUAUGCACAACUAAUCUUAGUGAAUGGAAAAGAUCGGAGAGCGAGAUAUGGGACUUACCAGAAGAUAAAUGUGGCAUAAUUCCAGCAUUGCGAUUAAGCUACCAUCAUCUUCCUUCUCAUUUGAAAUGUUGCUUUGCAUACUGUUCCAUAUUUCCUAAAGAUUACGAAUUCGAAGAAGAGAUAAUUUUGUUAUGGAGUGCAGAAGGUUUCUUGCAACAAAAAACUAAACUUCCAUUCAAAGAUCUGGGAAAUCAAUAUUUUCAAGAUCUAGUGUCAAGGUCAUUUUUUCAGAUAUCUAGCAAAGAUGAAUCACAAUAUGUAAUGCAUGACCUUAUCAAUGAUUUAGCUCAAUUAGUUGCAGGAGAUAUAUGUUGCAGACUGGAGGA